AGGGUAAUAAGUCAAUUUAUUGAUAAAUUUCUCAAUAAUAGUUAUCUGUACAUCAAGGCCGCGAAAUUAUAUCUAAAAUUAAAUCUGAACUGAAUCAAUUUUAUUAACCAAACUGAUUCAUUUAAGUAUUUGUAGUUACAAAUACGAGAAGUAGUGAAAAGUUGGUGAAAACAUGUUACGCAAUCUUGUACAAAAACUACGGUUACAAGCAAUUGCCACAGUUUUUAAAUUGAGAAAAGGUUUCGAUCCGUUUAUUAUCAAUCAGCUAAAACUUAUUUCGGCUGAUAGCGGUCAAUGUGCAGCUACAUUCACGGUAAACGAUGAUAAUUGCGACGAGUACGGCCAUCUUUCGAGCGGAUUUUCAACUACUUUGGUAGAUACCAUGACGAGCUUUGGAUUAUCUACGAUUUUAUACACAAAAAGUCACGUUUCGGUCCUUAUUAAUAUGCAUUAUUAUAAACCUGUAAAGUAUGGAGAAAAAGUUAUGAUUAAAACUAGAGUUAUUAAAUUAGGAAAAAAUUUAGCUUUUUUAGAAGCUGAUUUAAGUGACUUAAAAAAUAAUGAAAUUUUAGCUAAAGGUACUCAUAUUAAGUUUGUUAUGGAUAAAAGUAUUUUUUAAUGUUAUUCAUAACUCUUGGUAUUUAUUCUAAAGUACUUAAUAAAGGAUUUACAAAUAAUAUAAUAUACAA